AUGAAUGCCGAGACCAGCAAACUCAUUUCUUGCUUGGGAUUCUCGGUACGCUUGGCAGGGAGGCUCAAUGUGAAGGACAACGUGUCCUACCACUUGAAAGCUGCUCUGCACUUGCUCGUUGAUGGUCGUGAUUCUAGAUUGGCAGGCCGAACGAAGAUUUCACUCUUGAAGGGCUUGCAACUUGACGAGGUGCUUAAGGUUGAGUUCAGUCCUGAAGGCAAAACCGGAGAGCCGACCCUCAUGCCGCCGAGCCCUUCGAAAAGUCUUUGGACUGAGCAACAGCUGUAUGACCACGUGAGCAUGCUAGCAUCGAAGUAUGCAGAAGCUGAAAAUGUGCUGGUUAGAAAUCAAGAAGUGGUGGCUGAACACAGUUCGAUCAUGACUGGCUUGGAAGAACAGAUGCAAGAACUCCACUCGAAGCUCAUGAAUAUGGCCAGCUCUUCACAGGCUUCCGCAGCAGCGACCCUUGAUACAGGCAGUGUGGAAACCAAGAUUGCCAAGCAGGAUUCAGCAAUGGUGGACGUCGAUGAUGGCAAAGAGAGCAGCAAUCCAUGCCGAUCACCACUGUUUUUGGCGUCACAGUCUGUCAGAACAGAUGUCAACACAAGAACAGAACGCCCUCCCGGAAUGAAAGAUCUCAUGGAGCAGCAUUUGGUUCGGCGUAUGGCAUUAAAGCAGAAGAGACGUGAAGAACGGUCCUGUCGUCUUGAUGGUUCAACUGAGUGA